AUGGAUGCAUACGACAAAGUUGAGCAAACUCGCGAUGAUCUAGGGGAAACAGAAGAGAAUUACCUCGAAGCUGAACGGGACCUGGCGGGUGCCGAAUGGAAUUUCAUGGACCAAGAAGAUCGGUUCUAUCAGUUCGAUAUUUAUAGUGUCUUACCCGAAGAGCACAACGACGAUUCCGCCCCCCUACAAGCACAGACGAGUGAGAACUCUCCACGUCUCACAGCCUUCAACACCUCUAUAUAUCCAACGAGUUCACUGCCUCUAGAUCAACUCUCAAGGCUAACGCUUUCGCCGCCGCCGCCGCCGCCUCCUCCUCCUCCUCCUCCUCCUCCUCCUCCACAGUCACCUUUUCUACCACGCGUGUCUUCUACUGUUCAUAUGCCAAGCGCUCUGCCUCCUUUAACCAAUAACGAUCGAGGAUAUGUCUAUACGAUAGCAAAGGUUGACACGUUGAAGAAGAAAUUUGACCAAAUACGACAAAAACGAGCUUGUAAGAUUGAAUGGGACGAAGGAGAUGAAAUCCUUUUUCCUGAUGGGGAUGAUCUUCCUGUCGCCGACUUAACAGAGUCUACAAGUGAGUACGGGGACAUUUUGCUCGAGAUUUCUAUUCACGAAGCGGAAGCUCAGCGGCUGAAAUUAAAGGAUAUGGUCCCGGCGCUAGAUGCGUCAAUGUUAGGGAGACGAUCUUCAGAUCCAAACCACAUCUCCCCACCUACGUCGGCGCGUUCGACAUGCUCGACCGCAAUGAGACGAACACAAACCGAGAGUGCCACUUUGUUGAUGUAUAGUGAUUCUACUGUAAAAGAGAAGAUCCGAGAGUGGUUUCUACUGUACCUCAAAGAAGGCGCAUUACAGAAACGUCUGUAUUUGAAUACGCUUGAAGCUCACGAUAUCGCAAGCUCAAGUGAGAGUGAUUGGAAGGUUCGAGCGACACGAUUCUGGAGCAAGGAUAGUCUCGUCGAGGGCGGGGAUGGCACCGAAUCUUAUGCGGCUUCCGCCAACGAAACAGGGUACGAGCCUGGGUCUUGCUAUAAUCUGAGUGUUACUCAAAGCGCAACUUCUUCACCUCCGACGCAACAUCUUCUAGAAGGAACUAUCGACCGAUCAAUCAUCGAAUGGGAGGCUCACGAAUCACUCGAGGUUCUGCAAGAGAAUCGCAAGAACCCUUCGCCGAAAGAACCUCCUUUCCCGUCGCUGUCGCCACAUCAUCAUAUCACAGACAGCACGGGGAUCCACAAUGGAAAACAAACAAUACAUCCAGCCAAGCACGUUCCGAAUGCACUGCGAAACGAAGCUGAGAACGAUGUCCUAGCACAUAAAUUCGUAGAUCAAACAACACGUACUUGCUUUGGCAAUGCUGAGCAACGGAAAGAUAGCGUCCAAAGUACAAUCAAGAAUCAGCAUUCUGACUGCGCAAUAACGAGCAAAGACGAUCGUCAGGUCAGAGCACACCAUUCAGCAAACGAACGAAAUAGCGUCGAGAUGAGCAUGGAGACCACAGCACCUGAUGAGGGCUGCGACGAGCAGCAUCGAAACCAAUCGGUCGAACUACAUUCGGCAUUUCACUCCCGUUCUGACCGUGGGGAAAAUGCAAGCGUUGGAUCGAAGUUCGAUAUCAUGGCGCAGUCUAGUUCACCAAGGCCUUAUGUACAGCUUCCAAUGCCGUCUUCUCUCAAUGACACGAUAAAAUCGCAGUCAACCAACACUCCAUUCAAGCCUGACCCUCGGCCAGUGCCUCGAGAACGGAAAAGUUACGGCGGCUGGUUUCGUAACUUGCUUUCAGGAGUCAAGACCAAGCGAAGCAAAAGCACCCCUUCGAUUGGUGAACUUCGUUCCGGAACCCAUGCAAGGAAUCAGUCAGUGGCGUAA